GCCCCUCGUAGAAAUCAAAUUACACUAAAUAUAUAUUUUUUUACUUAUUCGAUACAUGCAUUUUUUACCCGGUCUUGUUUAUGGACUGAAUCAAGUGACAAUAUUAGCACCAAGUCCCGAUGCAGUGAGAAAUCCGAAUAGAUCGUUAUCGUAGGAAAAAAAAAGUUGAUAUUUUUUACGGAAUAGGUAGGUUUCGCAUUCUCCAACUUUAUCGAUGGGUAGAACAGAAAUGUCAAAAACGCUGAACGCUUAUAGAAUAAAAAAAAUAGAACACAUUGGCAGAAUGACGGCCAUGACACAGGAGGAGAUUGUGGCCGGUGCUCGCACCGUUGCCCAGGGUCUGGAAACUUUAAGGGUCGAACAUAGCGGUCUUCUUCAGAGUUUACAGUCCCAGGAAGCGCCAGCAGCCCGUGAUAAGGCGACUCUGUUGUCGAAAAACAUCGAGAUGAUAGAAUUGGGCCUGGGUGAAGCUCAGGUCAUGAUGGCUCUGGCGAGUCAUUUGCAAAUGGUAGAAGCUGAAAAACAAAAACUCAGAACUCAAGUCAGAAGGCUUUGUCAGGAAAAUGCCUGGUUGAGGGACGAAUUAGCGGGUACACAGCAAAAGCUACAAGCCAGUGAACAAGCUGUGGCCCAAAUGGAAGAAGAAAAGAAGCACCUUGAGUUCAUGGCUAACAUGAGACAGUACGAUCCAGAUCCGCCUGCCGACGAUGAAAAUGCAAAAGACAGACCUAAGGAUGACCCUAUAGACCUUUCUCUUUUCCCAGACGACGACGCUGAGGACCGAAAUAGUAAGUCAAUGUCCCCCACCCCACCUUCACAAUUCGCACAGCAAGUGAAUGCGGGUUACGAGAUUCCAGCCCGCUUGAGAACACUGCACAAUCUUGUUAUUCAAUAUGCGAGCCAGGGCCGUUACGAAGUAGCGGUACCACUCUGUAAGCAAGCCUUAGAGGAUCUGGAAAAGACUUCCGGUCACGAUCAUCCUGACGUGGCGACGAUGUUGAACAUCCUCGCACUGGUUUACCGCGACCAGAACAAGUACAAGGAAGCAGCCAAUCUCCUGAACGACGCGUUGGCCAUCCGCGAGAAGACACUUGGCGAGAAUCAUCCUGCGGUUGCAGCGACUCUCAACAACCUAGCCGUCCUUUAUGGAAAGCGUGGUAAAUAUAAGGAGGCUGAACCUUUGUGUAAGCGCGCCCUGGAAAUCCGAGAGAAGGUUCUUGGUCGCGACCAUCCGGAUGUUGCCAAGCAGUUGAACAAUCUUGCCUUGCUGUGUCAGAAUCAAGGCAAGUACGAGGAAGUCGAACGUUAUUAUCAGCGAGCGCUUGAAAUCUACGAAGCGAAGCUUGGCCCGGAUGACCCGAACGUUGCGAAGACGAAAAAUAACCUGGCAUCGUGCUACUUGAAACAGGGCAAAUAUAAGGGUGCUGAAGUUCUCUACAAACAAGUAUUAACCAGAGCCCAUGAGAGAGAGUUUGGUGCUAUCGACGGUGAUAAUAAGCCCAUUUGGCAGGUUGCCGAAGAAAGAGAAGAAAAUAAACAUAAAAAUAAAGAGAAUGCUCCUUAUGGAGAGUAUGGUGGAUGGCACAAAGCAGCGAAAGUUGACUCCCCCACAGUCACGACAACACUCAAAAACUUAGGUGCACUUUAUCGACGACAAGGAAAAUAUGAAGCCGCAGAUACGCUUGACGAUUGUGCGUUGAGGUCUCGAAAAGAGCACGUUCAACAGGCACUGGAUCUCGUGAAGCAAGCGAAAGUCGCACAAAUUUUAGGAGAGGAGAAAGGAUCGACGAGACGCGGCUCCAGGUCUAGUCUGGCAAAUAGCGAGCACGAACAACAAGACGAGGGUUCACUGCCGCUGGUUCAGAGGGCGCUCCACGAAGGACAGUCUGGCCACCACGACGCUAGUCCUAACAAACCCGGUUUUAAAAACAAGAUUUUUCACGUUUUAGGAAUUCACUCAUCUACGUAGAAACCUUAUUCAAUUCGUCGAGUUGCCUGUUGUCGUAUUUUAUGUUUACCAACCCGGGAUAUUUGGUACACGUUGCUAGAGAUUUUUGCUUUUAGGAUACUCUCUCCAAUUUUAAUUCUUUCAUCACGCGAAGAUAAAUAAAUCCUCGUUGAUACAGCAGCAAGUCUAGCCGUUAAACCAGUAAAGUUCAAGUGCGCAGCACUUCUCGUAUUUAUCAGUGAAAAUUGUGGAUUAUUUUUUAAUUUGACUCGAGCCACGACGCGAUCUAAAAAGAUUUAUUUAUUUUAAACUUUAUUGUUUCAGUAAUUGUUUUUUUUUGCAUUUCGUUGUUAAAUGUUGUAUUAGAAUGUCAUUCGAGAAUUCUGGUAUUAUUUUUCAAGCUUCGUCUGUAUUUCUGCUAUCUGUGAUAACGAUUUUAUUAAAUUUUUAUUGAGAAAUACGAGGAUAUAGAGCGAAUUUCGCAAAAAGAUAGUUGUUUGUAACUUCCAGAGAUUAUUGUUCCAAGCAUUUUAACUGUAUCACUUCCAAUUGUUGCUUCGUUUUACUGAUGAAGUUUUGUGUGUUCUUUCUUUGAAAAGGAACGAAGAAAGCAUUUUUAUUGUGUAAGAGUAGAAAGGAUUCCGAAUAGUCAAACGAACUUUACAUUUUUCUUUCGACAAUUCCUCCUCGCAACGUAGAAUAUCCUUAGUUAUGUGUUUUUAAUUAUUGAAUUUUAUGGGGGUUGUUUUGGGUCGAAGGAAAAGUGUAAAUAUUAGAAAAAGAUUAAAAUUAUUUUAUAAAAAGUAGUUCAUUAGGUGUUUAUACGAGAUCAGCUUUGCUCAACUAUACAAUCUGAUAGAUCAGUAAAGAUAAUCGUAAAACUAAAGUUUUGCAUAUUUCUCCAUAGAAAUUUAUACAGAUUUUUAUUCUAAUAAUAUUAUAACAAUAUUCACUGCAAUGUCAUUUUCAUUUACACGCUUUCACUCGUUUUCCUUUUAUUUAUUUCUGUUAUUUUGUAGAGUCUCUCAGAAUCAAAAGUUGAAAAUAUUUUAGAGAUCACGAAUGUUUUACACUAGCAUGCUUUACUGUUUGUUCGUAAUACUUUCAAAAAUGUCUCACAGAAAUGGAGAGGUCGCGUUUUUCCAUAUUGAGCUCACUUCGAUUUAAUUACUUCGAUUGUGUCCUAAGAGCUAAUCUACUACGUACGGGGUGUCUCGAAUUAAUUCGAGUUCUUUUAAAAGUGAAUAAAUAAUAAUAUUAAUAACGAAUGAAAGACGCGUUUCACCUCUUCGUGUGCUUGUAUUAUAAUAAAUUAAUCGUAAAAUUAGCUUAGAUAAUUAUCAGCAGAGACUUUAACAGACUGUAAUAAAAAAAGCGCCUUUACUUUGCUUCGGUUCGAGGCACCUUGUAUUAUAUUUGACUAGAUAGUUUAAUUUUAUUGAAUAUUAAUAUUUUUAACUUAGCGUUAGAUAGGAAAAAUAUAAGAUAAUGUUUAUCUAAGAGAAUAAUAUCUUCUAAGAAAACAUUGUGAAUCAUGUUGUAUAACGUGAUGAUGACAAGAGAAAGUAGUGCCUUGAUACUUUAAUAAAGAAAUAAAUUAUUUUGUAA